AUGCCACGCCCCCAAACCCCGCAUACUCUCAGCCUGCACGCUCGUCAUACGAACCAGGUUCUCCGUAUCGGAAAGAUUAGCAGACAGCUGCGCCAGCUGCGAAUGAAGAUGUGUCUGCGAUAUCGAGUCCAGUCAGCACGAGGAAAUUCCAUCCCGAGACCAAUGUCCUCUCGGCCGAGCAUCUCUUCGCCUCUCGCCAGCCCCUCUUCCUCUGCCCUUCACGCCAUCGCAUCUCACAGAGAUAGAAACAAGCCCCAUAAGGCAGGAGAACUCACCAGCUGCCGCGUCUUCAUCGCGUUGCCGGAGCUAGACGCCAUGGACGGCCUCGCCGUCUGA